CCCAAAAAAGCCGGUCGAUUUGCCGGGAGUAAAAAAAGAUGUACAUGGCAGACUGCCCAAUUACAGGCCAUGCGGAGAAAUUGAGGUUUCGCCGAUAAUUGGCUUACGAGUCUGUGGGGGAAAUCGUGGAUGAGUUGGCUCAAUUUCUCCGUUAAUGAUCGAAUCACCACGCCUGGGACAUUGUGAUCUGCAAUGCAACCCCCAGAUCAGAAUGUGAUAGUGGCAUAGCUCAUCGAUGCCCGGCCAUCUGACCGGCUAAAGUCGAUGCAGAUUCGGCAUUUUAAAGUGCAAUGGGUUCCGCCAUGGACCUUGUCUGUGAUUGACAUUGCUUAAGUCAACUGUUUCAAUAAUAAGGAGUAAGAUGAAGACUACAGUCACCUUGGCAGUCAUUGCUGCUGGUGUGCAGGCACAGGAGGUGUAUUUCACCACGACUGGCUAUACAGCCCGGCCACAAUGCACUCAGCCUCCUGCAACCCCGUCAUAUCGCUUUCAGCCCUUUUCGUAUACGCUGAAUGAGACUGUUCGUUAUGCCACCUCAAUCCCCUCUCCUAGUACUACCGCCACCUUUGGUCCUGGAUACAAGGAGGCCGUCAAGAUGAUGAAUACCAAGCUGUCAACAACAACCUGGGGUAGCUGGGUGCCGGGUGAAACUGUUAUCUCAGCAACAGAUACAGCCGACAAGUACGGACAAGCUGCCUGGUCUUCGCAAUGGGCUCAAGCGAGUCUCGUCAAUUACACAGCUGUGGGCUUAUACACCACCACUGUUAGGCCUACUCCAGUUCCUACAAGCGAGCUGGUUCUUCCACCGCGUGACUACUUUGGACCUUCCGACUGCUAUGACUUUCCACAAGACUUUGCUUUCGGCGUCGCUGGUUCUGCUGCUCAGAUUGAAGGCGCCAUGGGACUGGAAGGACGUGCCCCCAGUCUCUUAGAAAAGAUCAUACAGACCGGUGAACCUAAGGACUACGUGACCAAUGAGAACUACUACCUGUAUAAGCAGGACAUCCAGCGCUUGGCCGCUAUGGGUGUGAAGUAUUACAGCUUCUCAAUUCCGUGGGGACGUGUCCUUCCCUUCGCCGUCCCAGGCAGUCCCCUUAACGAACAAGCCCUGAAGCAUUAUGACGAUCUCAUCAACUAUGUUUUGGAAGUCGGCAUGCUGCCAGUAGUAACUAUGCUCCAUUUCGACACCCCCCUUUACUUCCUGAAGGAUGCCAAUAUCUCUGCAACCCCUGACAUUGGUUAUAAUAACGGCGGAUACUGGCACCCAGAAUUCGUUGACUCAUUUGUCAACUACGGCAAAAUUCUGUUUGCGCACUAUUCCGACCGCGUUCCGUUCUGGGUCACUAUCAACGAGCCUCUUCUUUACUCGUUCAACUUCACCGGAAUCAACAACGUCGUCCACGCCCACGCACAGCUUCACCACUUUUACCACGACGUUUUGAACGGAACCGGUAAAGUUGGUUUCAAGUUGAACGACAAUUUUGGCGUACCCAAGAACCCUGAAAACCAGACCGACGUCGACGCCACCAAUCGCUUCAAUGCCAUGCAGCUGGGCGUGUUUGCCUACCCGAUCUGCCUUGGCCAACAAUACCCCGAAUCCAUUCUCAACACCCUCCCAGGCGCAAAGCCUCUCACUGAUGCAGAAUUGAAGUAUAUUCGCAAAUCAACUGACUUCUUUGGUAUCGACCCUUACACUGCCACCGUCGUCUCCCCUGCCCCCGGUGGAGUGGAGGCAUGCUCCAAGCAGAACACCUCCACAAACUCCCUCUUCCCAUAUUGCGUUACUCAAGAAUGGACGAAUGUGUAUGGUUGGGAUAUCGGCUACCGCUCCGAUUCUUACGUCUAUAUCACCCCAACCUACCUCCGAUCUUACCUGUUCUACCUCUGGAACACGUACAAAACACCUGUUAUUGUCAGUGAAUUCGGCUUCCCGGUGUACGACGAGUCAUUCCGUGAUCUACCUGAUCAGUUAUUUGAUUCUCCUCGCAGUCAAUACUAUCUGUCGUACAUGUCGGAGAUUCUCAAGUCAAUUUAUGAGGACGGAGUCAAGGUUAUAGGCGCAUUUGCAUGGAGCUUCAUGGAUAACUGGGAGUUUGGAAGUUAUGAAGCCCAAUUCGGUCUGCAGGUCGUGAAUAGAACAUCUCAGCAGAGAUACUACAAGAAGAGUUUCUUUGACUUGGUUGAUUUCAUGGGCGCGAGAAAUGGGCUUGGUUAUUAGUUGUGAGCGACUAGUCAUAAGUGAAUUUUAUAAGACUUAUAAAUCUUACUUAUAUAGAGUCAGCAAGUACAGCAAUUACAUAAUAACUAUCUAAGCAAUCAGACAGAAAUUAUCUAAAUUAU